AUAUCCCACUAACAAUAUCACAUGGCCGAUCGCCAUCUCUGUCUGUUUUCCAAACUUUUACAGACACAAUUCCCAAAUACAAAAUCAAUAUACAUCUUUCGAUGAAGGAAGUACAAGUCGGUAAUAACAAAUGGGUUCUCUAAAUUCACUUCUCAUUCACCCCUUUUCCAUGAUCAAUAAUUGUUACUUCAUUUCCCUUUCUCACCACACAACCAAAAUUCAUAUAUCUUCUCCUUUGAUCCAUCAAAAAUGGCUUACUAUGACUAUGAUGAUGGGUAUGAUGAUGGGUACGUGUGGCCUCAAGAUCACGCCGCCUAUAAUGUUGUCGGUUACCAAGAUUCUGUAAGUUUUUCUGGUUAUGAAUCUUAUCAUCCUAAUAAUGCAUACACUGUUCCCGAGUUUCAAGAACCUCAAUUUCUAGAUUAUUAUCAUCAAACUCAAGAUUAUGACUAUGAUUAUGAUCACGAGUACUCGUUAUCAUCUUCUACCCCUGGUAUCAAUUACUUUGCAUAUAACUAUGUCGAGCCUAAGUUAAUUGCUUACGAACCAGUUUCUUGUGAUACGGGCUAUGUCUCAUAUCAUACACACUAUUCCAUCUCUUACCCAGAAACAGAUUUACAAUUUAACGAGCCAGAGUUUGAAGAGUAUGAUCCAACACCUUAUGGCGGUGGUUAUGAUAUUGUUUCUGUAUAUGGAAAGCCUCUUCCUCCCUCUGAUCAAACCUGCUAUCCUCGGUCCAACCCCAAGCCGGUUGACCCGAAGUCCAAGCCUGCGGCUAAUUCUAUCCCUUUGGCUAACCCUAAACCUGAUCCAAAGGUUGCGCCCAUGUCCAAGCCAGAACCCGAGCCGGUGCAUGUUCCGGCUCUUAUGCCCAUGUCCAAGCCCAAACCCGAGCCUGAGCCGGAGCCGGAGCCGGCUGUGCAUGUUCCGAUUCUUAUGGCCGAGCCAUUAGAAUCAAGGGAGGAAAGCAAUUAUCCUGAUUAUGGAUUUGACUAUCCAUGGCCUGAAUAUGACCAUGGAUAUGGAAUUGGAGUGGGGUAUGAUUAUGGAUAUGGGAAACAAGUGGUUCAGGUUCCUCCAUUUGAAUAUAGUCCAGAAGUUGUGGAGUUGUGUGAAAAUCUUUUUGGGAGUUGGCCUUGUUUGGCUAAGAUUAGGAAGGAACAAAUGGGUGUUAUUAAUAAUCCAGGAAUUAGUACUUGUCCUGAAGAUAGACACCUUAGUCCAUGGGAAACUUGUGCUAGUUACAUAUUCGGAACAAAGAUCACAAAACGUGAUAUAUAGGUUUGAAUCUUAACAACUUUCUUAUGGAUUCUCACAUUUUUGCCAAUGAAGCAUAUAUAUAUGUGGAGACCAAUAAAGAAGGUUAUGGUAAGAUAAAUGUUAAGUUGAGUAUCUAUGUUCGGCAACAUAUAUUCAAUCCUCGUUAGCUUAUGUUAUCAUGUAAUCUUGUCUUGUUUCCUAUGAAAAUAAGCAUUCAAAAUAUGAAUCUAAUGAUUGUUGCAAUAA